GGUGGGCGCGGCGGCACAAUGGACGACGGAGGCAGCAACAAACAGCGACAAGCGACUCGGGUGUUCAAGAAGAGUUCGCCGAAUGGGAAGAUCACAGUAUAUUUAGGCAAAAGGGAUUUUGUAGACCAUAUCACACAUGUAGACCCAAUUGACGGGGUCGUCCUAAUCGACCCGGAGUAUGUGAAGGACAGGAAAGUGUUCGGGCAUGUGCUCGCCGCGUUCCGGUACGGGCGGGAGGACCUCGACGUGCUCGGACUGACUUUCCGAAAGGACCUGUACCUCGCUGCGGAACAGAUCUACCCACCGACGAGCACUCCCAAGCGGCCCCUGACGCGUCUUCAAGAACGCCUGGUCCGCAAACUGGGCCCAGCGGCUCACCCCUUCUACUUCGAGCUACCGCCGCACUGCCCCGCCUCGGUGACGCUGCAGCCCGCGCCCGGCGACACCGGCAAGCCCUGCGGCGUGGACUACGAGCUCAAGGCCUUCGUCGCCGACUCGCAGGAUGAUAAGCCGCACAAGAGGAAUUCAGUGCGUCUAGCGAUCAGGAAGAUAAUGUACGCGCCAAGCAAGCAGGGUGAGCAGCCGUCCGUGGAGGUCUCCAAGGAGUUCAUGAUGAGCCCCAACAAACUGUACCUGGAAGCGUCUUUAGAUAAGGAACUAUACCACCACGGCGAGAACAUAGCGGUGAACGUGCACAUAGCGAACAACUCCAACCGCUCGGUGAAGCGCAUCAAGGUGUCGGUGCGCCAGUUCGCCGACAUCUGCCUCUUCUCCACCGCGCAGUACAAGUGCACCGUCGCCGAGGCGGAGAGCGAGGAAGGUUGUCCGGUAGGUCCUGGGUUCACGCUGAGCAAGGUUUUCACGUUGACUCCACUUUUGGCGAAUAACAAAGACAAAUGGGGUCUUGCCCUCGAUGGUCAGCUCAAACAUGAGGAUACCAACCUUGCUUCGAGCACGUUAAUCGCGGAUCCGUCACAGCGCGAGAACUUAGGUAUUAUAGUACAAUAUAAAGUAAAGGUGAAAUUGUGCCUGGGACCUCUUGGUGGUGAACUGAGCGCCGAGCUGCCGUUCAUCCUGAUGCACCCGAAGCCGGAGGAGGAGGCGCCGCGGCCCGCGCCCGAGCCCGCGCCGCUCGACCACGACCUCAUCCAGCUCGACCCGCACCCAGAUGAGAACGGGCAGGAGCAAGAUGAUGAUAUUAUAUUCGAGGAUUUCGCGAGAUUACGGCUCAAGGGCGCCGACGCGGACGCUUGAACACGUCCACUCCGCUCGAGACUAUACGCUUCACUACGACUAACUUAUCUCUUCAUGUCAUUAACAUGAAAAAAAUAUAAGACGAGUAAUUAAGGAGGUUCUAGUUAGGCCAGGCUGUAACAAUGUCGAUGUGAAUGUGAAGCACACUAAGCGACCGGUAGACUUCGAUCAGAAAUAUUGUAAAGACAGUUUGCAUGAAUUAUCCCGAUCCCUGUACAGUGUAUAUGUUGAUGAUUUACUUGUAACAUCUAAUCUAACUUUUUAAAUAAAUUGUUACUUUUGUUUAAUUAUCUAUGGUAAAGUUCAUGGAGUUCGAUUUUCAACUCUGUGGUGAAAUUAUGGAUAUCCAAUUCUUACGUCUCACUUCGCGCUUUUAUUGUCAAAACGGACGUCAUGGAAGACGUCUGGAGUGCGAAGUAUCAUUGUAUUGUAAUAUAAUACUUUAUAUAAUAACUUUUGGUGUAAAUUAUAUGUGAAAAAUUAUUUUAAAUAGGAAUAUUGAUCAAAUAUAUGAGUACAAGUUUAGUUUUAUAUGUUUAUAUUAAUUUACAAAUCAUUAUCCAUCGAGUAUGUGUUUUAGCGAAUUAUAGUACAAUACGAUUGGUAACGUGCAUUUAUAGAUUACGUGUUUUGUACCUUAAUGUUAUUUACUUUUUUCGGUAGAGGUAUUAUGUAUCAAUGGAAAAAUCAUAUUUGGGCUUCGUCAAUUGUAGGUGAUAAACGAAGGCUUAUGUGGUGAUCCAAAAAAUGUUUUAGCACUAAUAUUGUCAAAUUAUGUGUAUUUUAUUUAAAGAUGUUUUCUGAGAAUAUCAUACAUGUCAAUGUUUUGGUGUACGCCUUCUUUAAUAUAAUUAGACAUCAAAAUAAAAAAAAUUAACAAAUGGAAAA